AUGACCAAACGUACUGAGCCCAAAGUUCCAAACAUUAAUGGUUCUCAUCGGAUGGUUUGGCGUGACUUGGUGGAAACCGAUGAUUAUGCCACAAGUAUUACUGUAGAUCCCUUUCUUGGCUUCAAGACACACAAAAUGACUAAUAUGCGUGUUAGAAUAUCAAAUCAAGUUUCUAGGCGACUUAAGAAAAUUAUUGAAGAUUUCCAAUCCCACAAAGAUUUCUCGUUAGCAUAUGAACAGCUAGUCAGUGAAGAUAUCGGUAUUAAGCAACACUGGAAAACCGAUGCUCGAUUUCGCGAUCAUAUAUAUCGAUAUCUUCUGCUCUUUGAUGAACGAUCUGGUAUCAAAAUCGCUCCUUGCUACCGGUAUGCUUCCGAGGGUCAUACUGGUGGUGCCAUUUUCGCAACCAAAGAUUGGCCAAAAGGCUCGAAGAUCUACGCUCUCGUAGGAUGUAUUGCUGAGUUGACUAAAGACGAGGAGAGAUCUUUUCUUCGCCAAAAGGAAAAUGAUUUCUCGGUGAUGUAUUCCUCUCGCAAGCAGAAGUCUCAACUGUGGCUCGGUCCGGCUGCUUACGUUAAUCAUGAUUGUCAACCAAAUUGUGAGUUCACCAUAAGUUGUGACGGCGAUGAUCGAAUGAGCCUUACCGCCAUACGUGAUAUCAAAGCGGGUGAUGAGAUUUACAUCUUCUAUGGAUUUGACUUCUUCGACACCAACAAUGCGUCCUGUGAAUGCUUUACUUGUGAACUCCUCGGCAAGGGCUCUUUUGCUGAAGCCGCUACUACAUCAACAGUUCAAAGCGUGGGCGGUGGAGUAGUGUCGGCUUCCACGACUGACUGCUCGCCUGCUGCGUCUCCAACGUCUCUUUCUUCUGUCGUUUCCACUGCAAAACCUUGGCUGUCACAAGGCGAAUCUGUAGCUGCUACCAUUAGGGAACGUCUCAAGCAAGGAAGCACUCGAGAUCGAAUGACAGGAAGUCCAACAGGUGAGACAUCGUAUCCAGGAGCGGUGAAGUUGGUGAAAAAAUCGACUCCAAUUCCACAUUUGCACAGACGGGGCAGUUGUCCCACGUCAAUCAAUCACAAAGCGCCAACAUUUUCCACCCACUCUCCUACCAAUGCCAUGGCAGCCAACGGUCUCUUCAUUAAGGGCCUCUCAACUGGUUUAGCUCUCUCUGCUGUCAAUUCUGGUUGCUAUCGGCUUCGUCACACCAACUUCCGUCUCGAUCGACUCAAGUCACAGAUAUCGGAAGUGUUUUCUUCUUUCAGUCGAAACUGUCAACAAACAAAUAGGAGACAACAGGAGGAAUCGGCUUUAUCUCCUCAACUUCAGGUACCUUCCAGUCGACCGAGGAGACAGUCACUGCAGCAGCAGCAGUCAGAUAACUCUUUAAUAAGUUUAGAAUUACGAUCUCGACGAAGAUCUGUUAAACGUGCAUCACUUCCGAGGCCCUCUGUUGCUAAUAUUAAGAGGCUACUUCCAAGUGCGAAGCAACCAAUGGCGACUAAAUCGAUUACCGAGGAGCAGCGUCCUGAAAAGAGAAGGCGGUUAUCAGCUAGGAUUUCUGCCCGUUUGGCCUCUGCUGAAAAAGUGGAGACGUCGGUUCAAUCAUCAAGGCCCACUACUCCUGAAGGUCCCUAUUGCCCUCUGUCGCCUAUUUCUUCUUCCUCUUCCUCAGCAACUAUCCCAAUGAUGUUUGAAGAUGAAGAAGCAGCAAAAACGUAUGAAAUGUCUCAACACCAACGACAAGUCGGUAGACGAUUUCGAUCUCACCGCCUGCAGAGGCGAUCCAAAGAUUGUGCUAUUGAAAAUGGUACAAUGACAACUACCUCAUAUACCCUUCGUAAUUCAAUUGAUCUUUCCAUGGACUCUCCUGAAACUCCUUCUUCCUGUUCAACUGCUUCCACCUAUCCAGCGAUUUCUAUAGGAACAAUAAAUGGAAUUCCUUCUAUUCAUCCUCCUCGUUUGUUGAUCUCACGACGACGAUCUGGACAGCGAACAGGUUCUGAAGAUUCAGACACCUUGCCUCAGACCAAUGACACCGAUGAGUGGUUCAUUCGAGAAGGGGAAAGCGAAUUCGAUUCGAGAAAUCGAAAUUCCCAAAUUCCUCUGGAACAAAUGAAUAGAUUGGGGUGCACUUCUUCAUCGUCAGUGGCAAAUACUCCCUCACCACCGAUUCUACAAGCUGCACCCUCCCCGAAUCCUCCCAUUCUUCAAAGAGUCCCAGAUAAUGAUAGAGCUGCCCUCACUUACAGAUCCUCAGAUAAUGUUUAUUUGGCACUAGGUGAAUCUGGAUUGGAAAAUGGAAGCUCAGAGGGUGCACUAAGGCCUCUGAAAAUGAAGAUUAGGCGAAGGGGUGAAAAGUUUUUCGUUUUCCCUCCAGUGAUCGAUAGUUCUCUGCCAGAAGCUAAUGGGCAGUAG